CAACUCAGUAGCCACCUCCCUCCCCUGCUCAGCUGUCCAGCACUCUGGCCAGCCAUAUACUCCCCCAUCCCCCCACACCAGACCUUCUCUGGUUCCCUGACCUCAGUGAGAUUGCAGCCGGUCCGGGGAACUGGGGGAGACAUGAAGAACGAGACGGGGGAUCCCCUGGCUGGAGCUGAUGGACAGAGUAGACAGUCAUGGCUGGAGAAUUGGAUAUCAGACUAAUGUCUGACCUCUGGAAACAUCCCUUACAGGACGUCCGGUCAAAAUUCACUAGGUAGGAGGGUCAUCAGCUGGAAAGAACCGGAGCCUGGGGGGACCUGGCUGGCUAGGUAUGGGGGACCCAGGCCAGUCCCCUAGUGCCUGGUCCCCCCAUGGCAGUCCCCCAACUCUAAGCACUCUCACUCUCCUGCUGCUCCUCUGUGGACAUGCUCAUUCUCAGUGCAAGAUCCUCCGCUGCAAUGCUGAGUAUGUAUCGUCCACUCUGAGCCUUAGAGGUGGGGGUUCGCCUGGAGCCUUCCGAGGAGGAGGAGGAGGAGGCCGGGGUGGAGGGGUGGGCUCCAGCGGCCUCUGUCGAGCCCUCCGCUCCUACGCACUCUGCACUCGGCGCACGGCCCGCACCUGCCGCGGGGACCUUGCCUUCCACUCUGCGGUGCACGGCAUCGAAGACCUGAUGAUCCAGCACAACUGCUCCCGCCAGGGCCCCACCGCCCCUCCCCCACCCCGAGGCCCCGCCCUGCCGGGCGCCGGCCCGGUCAGGUCCUCUGGCCCUCCAGCCCCGGACCCCUGUGACUAUGAAGGCCGGUUUUCCCGGCUGCACGGUCGGCCCCCAGGCUUCCUGCACUGCGCCUCCUUCGGCGACCCCCACGUGCGCAGCUUCCACCACCACUUUCACACGUGUCGUGUCCAAGGAGCCUGGCCCUUGCUGGAUAAUGACUUCCUUUUUGUCCAGGCCACCAGCUCCCCCGUGGCAUCGGGGGCCAACGCCACCACCACCCGGAAGCUCACCAUUAUAUUUAAGAACAUGCAGGAAUGCAUCGAUCAGAAGGUCUACCAGGCUGAGGUGGACAAUCUUCCUGCAGCCUUUGAAGAUGGAUCUAUCAACGGAGGUGACAGACCUGGGGGCUCAAGUUUAUCCAUUCGAACCGCUAACCCUGGGAGCCAUGUGGAGAUCCAAGCUGCCUAUAUUGGCACAACUAUAAUCAUUCGGCAGACAGCUAAGCAGCUCUCCUUCUCCAUCAAAGUAGCUGAGGAUGUGGCCAGGGCCUUCUCAGCUGAGCAGGACCUGCAGCUCUGUGUUGGGGGAUGCCCUCCAAGCCAGCGACUUUCUCGUUCAGAGCGCAGUCGUCGGGGAGCUAUCACCAUUGAUACCGCCAGACAGCUGUGCAAGGAAGGGCUACCAGUUGAAGACGUUUACUUCCAUUCCUGUGUCUUUGAUGUUUUAAUCUCUGGUGAUCCCAACUUUACUGUGGCAGCUCAGGCAGCUCUGGAGGACGCCCGAGCCUUCCUGCCAGACUUGGAAAAAUUGCAUCUCUUCCCCUCAGAUGCGGGGGUUCCUCUUUUCUCAGCAACCCUCCUAGCCCCACUCCUUUCUGGGCUCUUUGUUCUGUGGCUUUGCACUCAGUAACGAGGCUAGCAAUCCUGUGACUGGCUUAGAAAUGAUUUGGGGAUAGAGAUUGACAAGGAAGAACAUAAAGAAUCACUGAAGGAAACAGUGGGGGACUAGAAGACACAUGAAACAAUGACAUUUAUCUGGAGUAAGGUAAGGCUGCAGUCCAGGCUUGAAAUGAUCACAGAAUAAGGAUUCUGGGCAAGGUUUCUGCAUUCCAGACCUCUGUAGGGGUUCUUUACCAAUUUUCCCAGUCUUGUUUAUAAUAAGCAAAUUGUUCCAGUCCAUCCACUCCUGAGAUCACCCCUACAAGCUUAGAGGUUAUAAGGGUCCUGAUGAUCAGUAGAAAAAUUAAGGGUUGAGACUUUCAACAGGGAAGAACUGAAAGAGAAAGACAUGAUCAUAACCCAUCAGAAACUCAAAAUCUAGUAUUUUCUCUUGGAAGAUGGAAAGAAGAGGAAAUGACAGGGGCAAGAGUCUGUUUGAUAAGCGUAUGUGGGUAAGAUGUGUUCUGCUUUCUUGGUUCACAAGUGAAGCAGGGGUUGUCCGGACCUUUGGGGAAGGGACUCUCUGUCUUUGGAGAGUGCCACAGACAGGAAGGAAGCUAUCAUCCCCAGCCCUAACUAAUCUGUUAUUAAAGCUAUACAUUCUCCACAUCCUC